AUGCAAUAAUAAAUAUAAAAUAUAAUUGGUAAAUAAGAAUAUAAAGUUCUUGGUCUUAUAAGCUAAGGAUUGAGUAAGCAGACUUACCUUGUAGAGGGAGAAAAAUCGAAAGAAAGGUUUUCUAUGAAAGUGUUUAGAGAAUAAAACGCUGACUCAACUCAAUCUAAAAUAUAUUACGAAAAAGAGAUCAAAUUCAUUAACGACUGCAUUAAUUAGAAAAUCUAACAUCAUGAAAAUAUUCUAAAUUUUAUUGACUUUAUACCAAAACCAGAAUCAAAUGAGAAUUUUCUUAUUUAAGAAUAUUGUGAAGCAGGUAGCCUGUUUAAUUAUAUUCUAAACUAAAAAAGUAUGGCUCAAAUCAUCCAAAUCUAGAUUUGUCUGUAAAUUGCAAAAGGGUUGCAAUGGCUCCACUCUUAAGAUAUAAUACACAGAGAUCUUAAACCUGAUAGUAUACUUUUUACUAAAAGAAAUGGAAAUCAUGUGUUUAAAAUUACAGAUUUUGGAUAUAGUUGUAUUGGUUAAAACCAGCUACAAUCUAUAAUAGGGACUAUUAAUUACAUAGCUCCUGAAAUUUUAAGCUAGUAAUCUUACAGCAAAACAGUCGAUAUAUGGGCGCUUGGUUUGACUAUGUAUGAAAUAGCAUAUAGAAAGUAGCUUUUUCAAUAAAAAACAGUGUAGCAAACGGCCUAAAUGAUUUUAUCAUUUAAAUGUCUAGAUGAUCAUGGACAUAGUUAAAAUGAUCUUUUUUAGGUAAUAAAAGAAUGCUUAAAUCCUGACACCGAAGCUCGUAUCAAAAUAGAUUAAGUGGUAGAAAUUUUACAGAGAAUGUACGAAAAUUAAAUUCUAUUAGCAAAAUAGAAAAAUGUACAAAUGAGAGAUAGUCAGGUGGACGAUAUCAGUGAAUUUAAUUCAUAGUUUAGCUAAUACAAAAAUGAAAUUGAUAAUUAGAAUAAUUUAGAAUAAGAAUCGAAAAUAAUUAAUCACCAAAUAACUAUUUAAGAAUUUUAAUAGUUUAUUAAAAAAUUCGGUUUUGCGAUAGAAGUUUCUCCAUAAUAAAAGGGAUUUUUAAAAAAAUUGUUAUAAAGUAAAAUAGCUCCUUUUAAAAUGAAUGUUGAUCAUUUUUCAUUAGUUUGUAAUGAUAAAUAAAAGUUUUAUUGCAAUCUUUUUCACUUUAUAACAUGUGGGAAGCUUUUAGGGUGUCUUUAAUAGCACUAUAGGAUAUCUGGAUAGUUAUUCUAAGAAAAUUAUGCUGAUUCUUUCUAGGAAUGGGUAAUGAAACUAAUUGAAGAGUCAUCAGAAGUAGAUAAAAGCAUUAAAAAAGACUAAUUUAAAACUUUAUACUUGGCUCUAUCUCAAAUAGCAAAUGUUAGAGAUAUUUAUUUCAGAUUAAAUACCUAUCUUAAUUGGCUCGAAGAUGAUUCAUAUUUGCAGUAAUCAAUUAAGCUAGCUGAAAUUAUGUACGAAAGAAUGUAACAGUAAGAAUCGAAGAAUUUCCUGCCUGCUACUUAAAUUUAAAUAAUCAAAUAAGAUUAUACAAGUGGACUUAUACUAAGUUGUUAAGGUGGAUUAUAUGAUUGCUUUAUCUUUGAAGAAGGUCACUAAUAGACAAUUAUAAUGCAAGCUGCUUAUUUAAAUGCUAUUCAAUGUAUUGAGUGGCAAUCUUAAUAACAACAAAAAGAAAUUUAAGAUCUCAUUUUCAAGUUUAAGAAGACUAUCAUAAAUUAAGGAAUCUUAAAAGAAACUAAAUUACUUUAUGACAGAUUUAAAAAGAGAACGAUUGAAUUUAUUGAUAAGUAAGAAAAGGAUAAUAAUGAUUAAAUUUAUUAUUGA